ACUAAUAUUUGAUUCCUCUCAAAGCUCAGGCGACAGAUGCAGAGAGCAAAGAAAUGGCACUGAAAAUCAACGCCAUUGCCAACAAUCCCAUUCCCAUCACCAAAUCUCUCUUCCUCACUUUCAUCCUCCUUUCUUUUCUCUCCCUCUUCUUUCUCGCCAUAUCCUACACCAAUUCGACCACUACCCAUAACCAGUCCAAUUCCAUCCCAAACCCCAUUGCCUACCAUCCAAAUUCCAUAAAAGUCUACGUAGCAGACCUCCCCAGAUCCCUCAACUAUGGCCUCCUCGAUAGAUACUGGUCCUCCGGUCACCCAGAUUCCCGCAUCCCAUCUGACCCUGACCAUCAGAUCCCUACUGCCCAGUUGCCAAGACCCACCAAAUACCCUCCGUAUCCUGAGAACCCGUUGGUCAAGCAGUACAGCGCCGAGUACUGGGUCCUGGGGGACUUGGAGACCCCUGAGGAGAUGAGAACAGGGUCUUUUGCAAAAAGGGUUUUUGAUGUUAAUGAUGCUGAUGUAGUCUUCGUGCCAUUCUUCGCGACACUGAGCGCUGAGAUGCAGCUGGGAUCAGGAAACGGGUCUUUCAGGAAGAAAGAGGGGAACGAGGACUAUCUGAGGCAGAAGGAAGUUGUGAAUUUUGUAAGGAAUACUGAUGCUUGGAAGCGGUCUGGAGGGCGGGACCAUGUUUUUGUUCUUACUGACCCAGUUGCAAUGUGGCAUGUUAGAGCAGAGAUAGCCCUGGCUAUUCUAUUGGUUGUGGAUUUUGGUGGGUGGUACAGACUUGAUGCAAAAUCAGCUGAUGGGAGCUCAUCAGAUGUGAUGAUACACCAUACUCAAGUUUCAUUGCUUAAAGACGUGAUUGUGCCAUACACCCAUUUGCUUCCUAGGUUGCAGUUGUCAGAGAACAAGGAACGCCCCACACUUCUUUACUUUAAGGGAGCCAAACAUAGGCAUCGGGGGGGCCUAGUUCGAGAGAAAUUGUGGGAUUUGUUGGUUAACGAACCAGGAGUGGUUAUGGAAGAAGGAUUCCCUAAUGCGACUGGGAAGGAGCAGUCAAUUAAAGGGAUGAGAACAUCGGAGUUUUGUUUGCACCCAGCUGGUGACACUCCUACUUCAUGCCGACUUUUUGAUGCCAUGCAAAGUCUUUGUAUACCUGUGGUUGUCAGCAACAAUAUUGAGCUCCCUUUUGAAGGGAUGAUUGAUUACAUAGAAUUUUCAGUUUUUGUGGCAGUCAGUGAUGCCCUGACACCAAAUUGGCUUGUAACUCAUCUCAGAAGCAUUCCUGCCAAGAAGAGGGAAGAAUUUCGUCAAAACAUGGCUAAGGUUCAGCCUAUUUUUGAGUAUGAAAAUGGCCACGCAGGUGGUAUCGGGCCAAUCCCUCCAGAUGGUGCAGUAAACCACAUAUGGAAGAAGGUUCACCAGAAAUUGCCUGCAAUUAAGGAAGCCAUUGUUCGGAACAAGAGAAAACCAGCAGAUGUGUCCAUCCCUCUACGUUGCCAUUGUACCUGAACAUACAUGUGCCUUUUUUUUUCCUUAAUUAUAUUGUUCCUAUAUCAUCAUUUUUUGUUGUAACGCAGACUACAUACCAUAGAUUAUAGAAAAGUUAAUUAGUGAACCAUGAGUCCCUGUGGUAGCUGGUUUCCAAAUUCUGAUCGGACUCCAAUUUAUCAUAAUCAGACGGCUAUGAAAUCAAUACCAUGAGCUACUAUAGGAUUUCUGUAGAUCGAACGGCUCUAAUGAAAUUGGUUGGAAUCA